GCUUGGGUUAUUGCUGUGUGUGUGUGUUUGUUCAAAAAAAAAGAUUUUAUAGUACUAGAGUCACAGAGACGGAAUCUUUUAUGUAGAGGGUCGAGAAAUAUAAUCAUAAAUUAUGCGACAAUAUCCAGAUUUUUCAGCUUUUGAAGCCCAUCCACCACCUUUUCUAACGUUUGCUCUGCUGAAGUCUCCCUUUCCACUCAUAAACUUCAAGACCCAUUGAGGGUAACAGUGUAGUGAUGGCCACGGUAUAUAUCCUCCUUAACACUUCUGAUUUCGCUUAAGAAACUGUAAGCUCUGUAAAGGCAUUGAAGGGAAGAGAAGCCGAGUGGUGGCAACAUGUCAAUGCCAAUAGCAGAGCAGCCACCAGCAGUGGUUUUGCCAGAACAAUCUUACAGCAACCACACAGGGCACCCUUCAAUUGGACCGGUUAUUGCUGUGGUGGUAAUAAUCAUCAUAUUGGGUGGACUGGCAGGGAUGAUCGGUAGGCUUUGCUCAGGAAGGAGAAUCAUGGGGUAUGGUGAUUAUGAUAUAGGAAGUUGGGCUGAAAGAAAGUGCUCUUCUUGCAUUGAUGGCAGAAUCAGCCCUUCACCACCAAGGCCUGAAGUGUCUGCCACUUCUACUCCGGUAACACUUCCAGUUCAGGCAAAUCAAGAUCCCAAGUCAGAAGAAUUAUCUCCUCAAAACCCAGCUUCUAACACCGACUCUUCUUAAUUACUUGUUUUUAUCUUUUGGUUGUAGCAGUCCGAUACUUGACAUUCAGUAGAGAAGAAAGUGUUGGCAACCAUGUUGCGUUUCUUUAUGGCAAACCAUGUUGGAGAACUGUUUACAUGAGCAUUACAGAGUGGAGACUAAACAGUUGCCAUUGGUAAAGGCCCUCUGGAAUUGUUGGUCAUGACAACCCUAACAGGCUAAUAUUUUGU